ACGCUGGCGGUGUGCGCGUGUCUCGCUCGCCGGCUGACAUUUUCAGUUUUUAAUUUGUUUAUUACCGUGACCAAUCUAUCCGACUGCGCGCUAAUCAAUAGUUUAAUUAGGUGAGUGAAAAAUCGUGCUUAAACCAUCGCGCAACUGAAGCGAACGCAAACAGCACAACAACGUGGAUUUUGGAUGUUCAUGUUUACGCUUGCAUUCAAUUGUGGUAGUAGUAAUUUCAGUGCAUGUGGUCGAUCGGAGUGAACCCUCGACUGAUAAGAGUGCGGACGCUCUAACAGCAGUGACAGUUACUUUUACAACGUACGGUUAAAAAUAUAUCUCGAUAAGUGUCUUAACAAAUCAAGUGCACGACUUGUUGGAACAUUUCUUGGGACGUUUACCGUUUCCAAUAUAAACACUACACAUUUCCAAGCGUCGCACGUUGGAAAUAAUGCAAAUAUAAAUGUUAUCCAGCAAGAGGAAGCCGUUUGUUAAAUAUAAGAAAAAAAAUUAACAUUGAGCGACACGUGGAGCGACCAUAAAACACUAAAUAAAACACUCACUUCAAGUCUAGGUUGACUUAAGUCAUUUUAGUACGGAUUUGACUUAAUUUGAAUUUUGAAGUGUGCUGUGUACUGGAUGUUAAGUGUAUAUGUUCGGUGCUUGAUUAAAAAAAAAAUAAGGAAAAUACGGAAACAUGUUGAACUGCACAAACUUGGAAUGCAUUUUACAUCACCAUCACUACUACGCGCAGCUCCACCACCUGGCGCACGGAACUCACGUCGAAGAUGCGUCAUCGGAAGGAGAAGAAUUCAACGAUGAUCCGAUUCAAGGAUUGCUCAAUGAUACAGAUUCAGAGCUCUCUAAUUUGUCGCACGUUGAUGCGCCAAAUGAGAGCCUGUAUAUGAUCGGUGGAGUUCUGAUUGCUAUGUUUCUGGUUGGUGUGAUCAUAAUCCUAUUGGCCGUAACGAUCAGCAAGCUGCGGAAGCGUGAGGAGCACAGCAACAGCGUGCAUCCAACGGACGUUGUUCUGCAUCAGACGACAACGCCGCCUCCGCAGCCGCAACAACCUCCACAAGCCACUCAACAGACAACGAUACAAAAUAAUCUUCUUAGUGUAGUCGCCAACGGCCAUUCCGCCGACCAGCCGCCAGCAAGCAAUCAGAACAACGGCGAUUCGGUCGCCUUCCGAGCGCCGUACGCCCUUUGGCAGUACCCACCUCAACCGCAGCCUCUGUACAACAAUACACAGGACGUGAACGUACAGAACCUGUCAUCUGAGCGCCCAGGCCUUGUGCGCGGCUUCCGAAAAAACCUUGGAGGCCGCUGGCGUCGCCUGGUGAAGAAGAAGCCCGAAACUGAGGCAUACACGAUACCCGCCGAGCUGCGACCGCAGCUCAAGCAGAUCUACGUCUAUUAAGACUGUGUCUGCUAUCCUGGGAUUAUACAUACAUGCAACAGCUUCCGGCGUUCAAGAUUCCAGAACAUCCGGAAGACGGCGUGCGACGCCAUGUUGUUUGUUUGUUGAUUCAGCGCGUGCACCGGCUGCACGCCUCGUUUUACCUUCCUUAAUGAGACUGAUUAUUAUCAAAAAAUGGAUUACAUUUGAAAUUGUACAUGCGACUAGGCCUAGUUUUUAAUUAACAUGCCGCUGACAGGAUACCCAUGAGGGUAUUCUUUGUCUGCGGAGUAUUAUGCAACAAGUAUAGUUUGUACAUAGUUUAAACCAAACUUAGUGAGCUUACGUUGUACAGUGCGAUGAUGAUUUCGAGAGUUAAAGCUACUUGACGGGCAAUUUUCGCACACAACUUUUUAGAAAACAACUAAAUACGAAUGAUAAUGUGAUGAGUUGUUUUAUUUUAAGUUAACUUAAUAUUUAACGAAUGGACGAAAGGGUGACGCUUGAUUUGUAAAGAAAUGUUUCUUUUCAUUGGAGAAUCAAGCAUAGCGAUAAACUACAGAAGUUGAAUGGGUCUGAAUGAUGCAUGUAGCAUAAAUUAAAUUAAUUUUCAACAUGUUUUGGAUGACUGCAAACACCUUGAAGAGAUGCGACAAGAGUUACAGAUAUUUUUGUAAUGAAAUGAUUUGAGAAAAUGAGAAAUGAUUAUUAAAGAAAAAGAUUACAUUAA